AUGUCCAGGACAGGUGCUAAAGCCACCAUCCAUGUGAACGCUGACGCUGUCCCACGAUUCUUCCGCCCGCGGUCUGUCCCCUAUGCUAUACGAGCAAAGGUGGAUGAAGAAAUAGACAGACUGAUAAAAGAAGGCAUAAUCACUCCAGUAAAAUACUCAGACUGGGCAGGGCCAGUGGUCCCUAUUCUCAAACCUGGGGGAACCGUCAGACUGUGUGGAGACUACAAGCUUACCGUAAACACUGUCUCCUCACUCGAACAGUAUCCAGUUCCUAGAGUGGAAGAUCUCUUCACAGCACUAUCCGGGGGUAAACAGUUCUCUCAAUUAGAUAUGAGUCAUGCAUAUCAACAAAUACUCAUGGACGAGGAAUCCAAGAAAUACUUGACAGUGAAUACUCACCGUGGGUUGUUCACGUACAAUAGACUUCCUUUUGGGGGGGGGGCGUCCGCACCAGCCAUUUUCCAAAGGACAAUGGAGAGUUUGUUACGCGGGAUCCCUCUCGUAGCAGUAUAUCUAGAUGACAUCUUAGUCAGUGGCGUCGACGAAGCUGAUCGCCUGAGAAAUCUGGACGCUGUGCUGACUAGGUUGAGAGAGGCUGGGUUGCGUUUGAGGAGAAGCAAAUGCACCUUCAUGCAGGAGGAGGUUGAGUAUCUGGGGCACAGAGUGGACGCGCAGGGGCUCCACCCGGUCAAGAAAAGAGUAAAAGCCAUCAUGGAAGCUCCGACCCCCACAAACGUCACAGAACUCAAGUCUUAUUUAGGUUUACUAAAUUACUACAACAAAUUCCUUCCAAACCUGGCAACCCUGCUCGCCCCUCUCCCCGAACUUUUGAGACAAGAUGUGCGCUGGAUGUGGAAAAAGCAGCAAGAGGAAGCUUUUCAAAAAUCAAAGGGCUUGCUCAACUCAGCAGCAGUGCUGGUGCAUUACAGUGCAGACCGAGACGUGAUCCUGUCCUGUGAUGCCUCACCUUACGGCGUGGGCGCUGUGCUAUCCCAGCGGAUGGAGGAUGGAAGUGAGCGACCCGUGGGGUUCAUGUCUCACACACUUUCCCCAGUGGAAAAAGGAUACUCGCAACUCGACAAAGAAGGCUUAGCUGUCAUCUUCGGCAUCCAGAAGUUCCGUAAGUACUUGUAUGGAAGAGCUUUCACCAUCUAUACAGAUCACAAACCCCUAAGCUACCUGUUCAACGAGAAGAAACCUAUUCCACAAAUGGGUUCACCGAGAGUACAAAGAUGGGCUGUGUACCUGAGUGCUUAUGAAUACAAAAUGCUCUACAAGCCAGGAAAACAACAUGCCAAUGCGGAUGCGUUCAGCAGACUGCCGGUGCCGGAGACAGGACAGGAGGGGGACACCACGGAACAAGUCUUGAUGAUGGAUCUACUGGAUGACACACUCCUGGACACUAACCGGAUCAAGCGCUGGACAGCUAAGGAUGUCACACUAUCUCGAGCUCACGAGUACGUCUGGAAAGGGUGGCCUGCCGAGACAGAGACUCACCUCAAGCCGUAUCAUCAGAGGAGACGGGAGUUGAGUGUGAGAGUUGGUUGUGUGCUCUGGGGAGCUAGAGUAAUCAUACUGACCAAAGGUAGAGACACCGUACUGAAGAUACAACACCAGACACACGCAGGGAUGACGAGAAUGAAGGGGCUCGCCAGAUCGUAUGUGUGGUGGCCUGGUAUGGAUCAGGAUGUGGAGAAGGAGGUUCAGUCAUGUGAGGAGUGUCAAACACACCAGAAGGCACCACCCGCUACACCGUUACACCCCUGGGAGUGGCCGGAGGAGCCUUGGUCCAGGAUUCAUGUGGACUACACAGGACAUUUCAUGGGAGAAAUGUUCCUACUGAUUGUGGACGCACAUUCAAAGUGGAUGGACAUCUACCCCUGUGAAAUCAGCCACAUCACAAGCGACAAUCGAGAAACUACUUAUCGCAUCACACCUCAUGGGACUACAGGCUUGUCACCUGCAGAGCUGAUGAUGUCACGCCGACUCAGAUCCACUCUCGACCUCCUCACACCAGACGUGAAAACAAAAGAUCAGCAAAAGCAAAUGAAACAGAAACAAGCCCACGACGGACACACCAAACUGAGGAGUCUUGCACCUGGAGAUGAAGUAUUCAUUCGGAACUACUCCUACGGUCCCAAAUGGAUCCCCGCCGUCGUCGAGAGCUUAUCAGGUCCAGUGUCCUAUACUGUCACUGUUGGAAGUGGUCAGACCAUGAAGUGGCAUGUGGAUCAAGUUCAAACCAAACUGACACACACCGCGCCUAUUGAGGUGACUGGACGAGACCCAGUGCCAGUGGUGAGCACUGAGGGAGGUUCUACGGGCCCUCUACCUACAGCAUCGGAUGUGAGUGAAGAACCACCUACAAGUGAGUUACUGGAGCCGCCGCCUGCUUCUGAAGUGCAGAAGAGACUGGACUUACCUGUGGUGACUGAGGUGAGGCGUUCAGGAAGAGAGAGACAUUCACCCUCACACCUCAAAGACUUUGUUAGAAAGUAG